AUGACGUUCGCUGCGCACUACCACAUGUCGGCGCCGACACACGACGGCGUCCAUCCCGGCCUGUUCCGGCCGCCAGCGUCGCCCAGCUCCAGCUUCUCCUCCUCGACCUUUGCGACCGAGCACUCUUCGAAGCGGAAAUGGAGUCGCAGCAGCAUGCCCCGGAUGCACCAGGGAGGUGCCCACGGUGGCCUCUAUGACGAAGGAGAGGUGUAUAUGGAUGCCGCGGUACCGCCCUCGAGAACCUAUGCGCUGGCUGGCCAACUCCACACGCCGCUGGUGGGUGAAGAUGCCGACAUGGCCAUGGCCGAGAGUAUGGGGGACAGCAUGGGAGACAGCAUGUACUCCGACUCCGACUACAGGCGGGCCCUUGGCACCAAGCGAUCGCGCGAUGAGAUGGACCAAGACUCUUCCAGCGGGCCGCCCACGCAGCUGUUUAGCCAACCCGAGCCUGAAGAGUCUGCAAAUGCCAGUGGCUGGGGCUCUUUUGCUUUCGCCACCAUUGGGGGAGUUGUUGGCCGAGUAUGGGAGUUUUGCAAGACUGGUGCGUUCAAGGGCUUUUACGCAGGGGGCGGCGCAUCAUACAAGGUGACGUCUACGGGUGUUAGUGUUGAUGAAGAUGCUGGUCCCGGCCUAGACCAGCCUUUUCAUUUCCAAGGCCACAACCAGCAACAGCAAAGCCAUGACUUUGUUCGCAGAGAUAGGGCGCGGCAUGUACAACAGCUCCCAAAAAGGAGUCACCAUCACUACAGCAGCAACAGCAACAGUCAAAGUUCUGGCUACGAUGAUCCAUAUGACAGCCGCGCUUCCACGCCCACUGGGCCGGCACCCAAGAGACGUAGACAAACAGAUAGCGGCAAUGACCUGGGCCAGAACUGGGUUAUGAUCCGGGAGCCCAACCGUGAUAGCGAGCUGAGGACGCCCCGGAAGAUGGCUACGCCGAGCCGCACAUCCCCUCGCCAUCACGCUCAGCAAACUCCCCUGGCAGAUCACCGCAUGGGCCCUCCAAGCAGCUUUUCUACUCCUGCAUCCUCUGACCCUGCUCCUCUUCGCCCCGCGAGUCGCGCUGCCAGCCGUCCAGGCAGUCGAAUGUCGGAUGUCAACGCCUUUAGGUCUGCACGGCCUGCAACAUCAGCUUCGGCUGCGUCGUUUAAAGCCAGUGUUCCCAAGCCGCCUGCACAGAGCAGGAUUCCUGUCAAGGCGAAUACUUCAGCAACGUUGGCAUCGCCAGCUCCACUUGCAAACUUUGAGCCCGGCCGGAGGCGCAGACACACCGUCGUGCCGUCGUCUUCCGAUCCCUCUGCCUGGCGGACUCCAGGUCAUCAGCGCGCUGAAAGUGCGGCCUCAGUGGCUACUAGCAGGGCUACCGAGAUUGAUGCCAGCCCGCGACUGGAUGCCGAGGCCAGGCGAUUGACCUCCCGUCGCCAGAUGGAAGAGCGCAAUGCCGAUGCGCGCAUGGCGGCGUUCAACAAACAGCUGCAAGACAUGAUUCGCCAGGGCCGAGAAGCUCUAGGAUCGACUAUCGACGUCGAUAUUGGCGAUGCAGGCUGGGAAGACACGCUCUAA